AUGACGCUAAUGGUUGAGAUUACGGCAUGCAUCAUUGUGCCAAGAUCGAUUACAUUUCCUAGGACUAAUAAGAUAAGGGCCAACAACAGAACAGGCAAUGUGGACAGCAGAAGCCACCUGCAUAGCGUACAAAAUGUGAGCGAGAACUCCAACACCGGCUUGUUCCAGAAUUUGAGGAGUGUAGUAGAGAACUCCAUUAAUGCCGGAGAACUGUGUACCAAAUACUUAAAAAGGAUAAAUAAUAAUAAUCUGAAUUCCAACACCAACAAUGAGCGCAUGUUUGACACCCGGUUCAAAAAGUUCCCUCCAGCUCGGCCCUUUCGCCACAGAUUCAGAACCGAGUGGCUGACCAAAGCAGCCGCAUGGAUGAAGUCUCCUUCAAGAAGCGAACCGCGCCUCGACCCUGGCCCACCCUCCUGGUGCAAGUAUAUCCUCUUAAGGCCACUCGAAUUCUUCUCGUCCUUUUUAUACGCCAGCUGCCAUCCACCACCGAUUCCCACACCACUCACUUGUUCACCAAGACUGUUGAUGUUACUGUCCUUGUCAGCAUUUGUACCCUGGCGCGAAAGCAACGGGCUCCUCAAGUUGUUGUCCUCAGAUUCGGCCCCCGAAUCUGAUGCGUUAUCAGCAGCAGGGUCUCGCUGCAGAGUUUCUUCGUCCCAGGGUUGGUUCUGCUGCUUCUCGGGCACGUUGAACAUGCUGCCAAAGUUCGAGAUUAGCAUGCUUCCGGUCUCGGGGAGCUUCUCGUGA